AUGCCCGGAAUUUAUCUACAGGAUACGGACAGGUCAAAGUCCGAGCUGUUAUUGAGCAUGCUCGACACUCGCUCGCAGCAAAUUCUUUUGCACGAUGCCCUGAAUUUAUCUACAGGAUACGGACAGGUCAAAGUCCGAGUUGUUAUUGAGCAUGCUCUGACACUCGCUCGCAGCAAUCUUCGAGAACGGUUAUAUCUUGAUACCAUUGCAAAUGUUGCCUUCUAG